AGAAUAAUUAAAUUCUUCCCCCUUUUUCUACUUUCGUACUAUGCAUUAUUUUGGUGGAGGUCAUGGCAUUGUCUCCCACUUUAAAAUUAGUAGAGGAAGAGUUUUUGACAAAAUGGCAUUUUGUACUCUUAUGGUUGUUUAUGUCUUUUAUCAUUUUGAAUAAAAUGAGUUUCUUCCAUCACUACACCUCUCCAAUUUUUUCGGCCGAAGAAAAGCUUUGAAGGAGUGGGGAGAGUUUUGAAAUAAAAGUUUAUCCUUUUGAGUGUAGAAAAUUGUUAUAAUAUUUUCUUUAAAAUAUUAUUGAUAUAUUUUCUACUACUUAAUAUACAAGAUUAAAAUUAUCCCUCUUAAACCUUUAUAUUAAAUAUACUAUUAUAAUCUUUACUAGCAUAAAGAUUAUAGUAGACUCCGGAGAUUGUUCGUGUGUCAAAGUUGGAGGCCGGACGCUUGAACGGCUACGUUUACUCCUUCAACACCUUUUUCCUCGACUUCUCGUUCAUACCGCUUUAUCGGAGAAGGUUCCACGUAGCACUCCCUAGUCGCUGCGGUUUCUGCUUUAACUCUGAAGAAGAUUUGGAUCACUACCUGCUCAACUGCAAAGAGAGCAAAACUAUAUGGAACUAUUUCGCAGGCCUGGUUGAUGCUCCCAUGCUCACGUCAAACCUCUUACUUCGCCAACAUGCAAUCUCAUGGUGGGUAAGAGGUAACUUGAAAACUUUCAACGGAGCGCUUAAGAUUAUUAUACUCCCAGGAAUUAUCGCAUGGAAUUUAUGGAAAGCGAGCAACGCCUAUAACUAUGAUGGAAACACAAUGAGCCCACGUACAAUUAUCCAACAAAUUGGCAAGCUUAUUCAGGCUAGGGCAUGGACUCACCAACAAAAGAAAUGGGUAAUUCAUGACAAAGACUUUGAUGCUUGGGAGAUUGAUAAAUUUUGGAGAAAAGGAAAAAAGGGUUGUUCUUCUUUCUAAUUGUUAGUGUGUAUAUUUUUUCUUUCGAGAGUGUAACUCCUUUCCUUAUCAAUAAAGAUCCUUUUUAUUAUAUAUAUUUAUAUGUAUAUAUAUAUAUUUAUAUAUAUAUAUAUAUAUAUAUCCGUUUUAUAUAUAUAUAUAUAUAUAUAUAUAUAUUUAUAUAUAUAUAUUUAUAUCUGUUUCAGUCGAAAUUUAUUUCAAACGGAUUUGGGCUACUCCGUCUCUCUAUCCGGAUAACCAACCCAUCCCCUUCCGCCCACCCAUUCCACCGCCUCCAUCCCCAUUCCAGUCGAAGAGAUCAGCAGCAUUCCAGCGUCUCCACCCAUCGAAGAGAAAUCCGACCAAAGAGGGGAACCCGGCCACCGCCGGAAGUACAAUUCAGACUAGCCUAAUCCGUUUCAUGGAGUCAAGAUCAAAGUGAUACAGCGACAAACACAAAGACUUGAAGUGCAAAUUCCUUGAAGCAUUCAAGAAUGUGCACAAGAUUUUAUUGGAGUCCGAGACGCAUUUGGAGCGCCUA